UGGCCAACCGAAACCGUGCAAGGAGGAAGCGCGGAAUCAGGAACUGGUCAGGGGGGUCCAGCCGGCCUGAGGCCUGAAUUGGUGGCAGUGUCAGGCGGGGAGCAGCUAGAUGCCCCUACGGAGGGCGACUAUGGGCUUCUCCUCAGAGCUGUGCAGCCCCCAGGGCCACGGGGCCAUCCAACAGAUGCAGGAAAAUGAGCUUCGCCUGCUGGAAGGCAUGAGGAAGUGGAUGGCCCAGCGGGUUAAGAGCGACCGGGAAUACGCAGGCCUGCUGCACCACAUGUCCCUACAAGACGGCGGCAGUGGAGGCCAAAGUCGGGGGCUCGGCCCGGACAGUUUCAUCAGUCAGUCCUGGGUGGAGAUCACCAGCCAGACUGAGGGGCUUAGUCGGCUACUACGACAGCAUGCAGAGGAUCUGAACUCCGGGCCCCUAAGCAAGCUGAGCCUGCUGAUCCGGGAGCGCCAGCAGCUGCGCAAGACCUACAGCGAGCAGUGGCAGCAGCUGCAUCAGGAGCUCACUAAGACCCAUACCCAGGACAUCGAGAAGCUGAAGAGCCAGUACCGAGCCCUGGCACGGGACAGCGCCCAGGCCAGGCGCAAGUACCAGGAAGCCAGCAAAGACAGAGACCGAGACAAGGCUAAAGACAAGUACGUCCGCAGCCUCUGGAAGCUGUUCGCUCAUCAUAACCGUUAUGUGCUGGGCGUACGGGCUGCCCAGCUGCAUCACCAGCACCACCACCAGCUUCUGCUGCCUGGCCUGCUGCAGUCUCUGCAGGACCUGCACGAGGAGAUGGCGCACAUCCUGAAAGAGAUCCUACAGGAAUACCUGGAGAUCAGCAGCCUGGUACAGGACGAGGUGGUGGCCAUUCACCGUGAGAUGGCUGCGGCUGCCGCCCGCAUCCAGCCAGAGAUGGAGUACCAAGGCUUCCUGCGACAGUAUGGCUCCGCCCCUGACAUUCCCCCCUGUGUCACCUUUGACGAGUCCCUCCUGGAGGAGGGCGAACCGCUGGCGCCCGGGGAGCUGCAGCUGAACGAGCUAACCGUCGAGAGUGUGCAGCACACGUUGACCUCAGUGACGGAUGAGCUGACCGUUGCCAACCAAACGGUGCUGAGCCGGCAGGAGCUGGUCACUCAGCUGCAGCAAGAGCUGCUGGAGCAGGAAGAGAACACCCAUCCCCGGAGCCGGGUUCAGCUGUUGGGCAAGAGGCAGGCACUUCAGGAAGCACAGCAGUGGCUACAGGGGGCUGUGUGCACCCAGGCCAAGCUGCAGGCCCAGCAGGAACUGCUGCAGGCCAAGCUGGAGCAGCUAGGUCCUGGUGAGCCCCCACCUGUGCUGCACCUGCAAGAUGACCGACACUCUACGUCAUCCUCGGAGCAGGAGCGAGAGGGGGGGAGGACACCCACGCUGGAAAUCCUUAAGAGUCACAUCUCUGGAAUCUUCCGCCCCAAGUUCUCACUGCCGCCACCACUGCAGCUGGUUCCCGAGGUGCAGAAGCCGCUACAUGAGCAGCUAUGGUAUCAUGGGGCCAUCCCACGGGCAGAGGUGGCUGAGCUGUUGACGCACUCUGGGGACUUCCUGGUGCGGGAGAGCCAGGGCAAGCAGGAGGCCGUGCUGUCAGUGCUAUGGGAUGGCCUGCCCCGCCACUUCAUCAUCCAGUCCCAGGAUAACCUGUACCGGCUGGAAGGGGAUGGUUUUCCCAGCAUCCCCUUGCUCAUUGAUCACCUGCUGCACUCCCAGGAGCCCCUCACCAAGAAGACUGGUGUGGUCCUACAUAGGGCUGUGCCCAAGGACAAGUGGGUGCUGAACCAUGAGGACCUGGUGCUAGGGGAACAGAUUGGGCGGGGCAACUUUGGGGAAGUAUUCAGUGGUCGGCUACGAGCAGACAACACUCCGGUGGCUGUGAAGUCAUGUCGAGAGACCCUUCCACCCGAAAUCAAGGCGAAGUUUCUGCAGGAAGCGAGGAUCUUGAAGCAGUAUAGCCACCCCAACAUUGUGCGCCUCAUCGGCGUUUGUACCCAGAAGCAGCCUAUCUACAUUGUCAUGGAGCUUGUGCAAGGGGGCGAUUUUCUGACAUUCCUGCGGACAGAGGGGACCCGCCUGCGCGUGAAGACCCUGCUGCAGAUGGUGGGUGACGCGGCGGCCGGCAUGGAGUACCUGGAAAGCAAGUGCUGCAUCCACCGGGACCUGGCUGCCCGCAACUGCCUGGUGACAGAGAAGAAUGUCCUGAAGAUCAGCGACUUUGGGAUGUCCCGGGAGGAAGCGGAUGGCAUCUAUGCAGCCUCAGGAGGCCUCCGGCAAGUCCCCGUCAAGUGGACAGCACCCGAGGCCCUAAACUAUGGCCGCUACUCCUCUGAGAGCGAUGUGUGGAGUUUUGGCAUCCUGCUGUGGGAGACCUUCAGCCUGGGCGCCUCACCGUACCCCAACCUUAGCAACCAACAGACACGGGAGUUUGUGGAAAAGGGGGGCCGCCUGCCCUGCCCAGAGCUAUGCCCAGAUGCCGUGUUCAGGCUCAUGGAACAGUGCUGGGCCUACGAACCCGGGCAGCGGCCCAGCUUCAGCACUAUCUACCAGGAGCUGCAGAGCAUCCGUAAGCGGCAUCGAUGAAGCGGCAUUGAUGGACCUCCGCUUCCACAGCCAGCCGAGAACCAACCUCCCAAAUAGCCCAGGGUGCCACCAUCAACAUGGGUUUAUGUUUUCAGACUCCAG